GGGGUUUUGACAUAGAAUUAGGGGUAAAUAUAUCUGAGAGUUGGUAACACUGACUUCUGAAUAGUUUAUUAGAACACCUCUCUUUUUAUUUCUGGGCUCUGUAGUGUGCGGUUGAAAUCGCUGCUAUAAAACUAGCAAAAUGGUCGCUGCAAAGAAACAGAAAAAGACCAUCGAGUCGAUCAACUCCCGAUUGGCUCUUGUUAUGAAGUCUGGCAAAUACUGUUUGGGCUACAAACAGACAUUGAAGACCCUCCGUCAAGGAAAAGCUAAACUGGUCAUCAUUGCCAAGAACGCUCCUCCUCUGAGGAAAUCUGAGAUUGAAUACUAUGCUCUCCUGGCCAAGACUGGAGUACACCACUACAGUGGCAACAACAUUGAGCUAGGAACCGCCUGCGGAAAAUACUACAGGGUGUGCACACUCGCUAUUACAGACCCUGGCGACUCUGACAUCAUUACGACACUCCCUGAGGCGACUGCAUAGAUAUAAUAAAAUUACUUAAAAACA